AUGCCCUCUCUAGGACUUCGGCUGGGCUUGCAGGCCAACGCUGCCCACAAACUCCCUUCUGGGCCUGCUAGCAAGUCAGAGGCGCUCAGUUCAACGAGGGCAUCGGCAGGUCGGAUAAUAAAACUCCACCCGAGCCCCUUGCCCUUCUCUCGCCCAAAGCUCCGGAUCCGGACCCCGCACUCUACACGAAGAACCGCGCUGGCCCCGCCGCACGCCUCCCUCGCGCUGCUGACUCAACCAAGGGAAGAGAAACCUCUGGGUUUUUUCCGACCGCUGACCUCGCUCUUCGAGUGCCCGGUCUGCUUUGACUAUGUCCUGCCCCCAAUCCUGCAGUGCCAGGCCGGGCACCUGGUGUGUAACCAAUGCCGCCAGAAGUUGAGCUGCUGCCCGACGUGCAGGGGCGCCCUGACGCCCAGCAUCAGGAAUCUGGCUAUGGAGAAGGUGGCCUCGGCAGUUCUGUUUCCCUGCAAGUAUGCCACCACGGGCUGUUCUCUGACCCUGCACCACACGGAGAAGCCGGAACAUGAAGACAUCUGUGAAUACCGUCCCUACUCAUGCCCUUGUCCCGGUGCAUCCUGCAAAUGGCAGGGGUCCCUGGAAGCCGUGAUGUCCCAUCUCAUGCACGCCCACAAGAGCAUUACCACCCUUCAGGGAGAAGACAUCGUCUUUCUGGCCACAGACAUUAACCUGCCAGGGGCUGUCGACUGGGUGAUGAUGCAGUCAUGUUUCGGCCAUCACUUCAUGCUGGUGCUGGAGAAACAAGAGAAGUAUGAGGGCCACCAGCAGUUCUUUGCCAUCGUUUUGCUCAUCGGCACCCGCAAGCAGGCAGAGAACUUCGCCUACAGACUGGAGCUGAAUGGGAACCGGAGGAGACUGACCUGGGAGGCCACGCCCCGGUCCAUCCAUGACGGUGUGUCCGCGGCCAUCAUGAACAGCGACUGCCUGGUUUUUGACACGGCCAUAGCCCAUCUUUUUGCAGAUAAUGGGAACCUUGGAAUCAAUGUGACUAUUUCUACGUGUUGUCCGUGAUGCACCGAAAUUAUCUGGGCGUAGCACUCUUAUGUGUUAAUAAAGGUUUUUAUAGAGGUUUUAUUCACUAUGUCUUCACAAGUCAAGACCCACGGUUACCCUGUGUUCUGUUUAAACAGCAGUGUCCCAUCUGGCACCAGCCCAACGAAGUUCAUUAAACUGGGAUGGAUGGGAUUGGCCGGUUAGUCAUUUGGAGGUCACUCUGUGAUCCAAAAUCGACUUUAUUAAUUACAUUUUAUUUACUUCCCGCACCUGACCGGUGGCUCAGGCCCCUAGAGACCAGAACGUUAGGAGUUGGAGGCUCCUUCCUGCCUGCCUCCCUGUACCUGGUCCCUCCAAGCUGGCAACAGCACAGUGACUAUCGCUAGAUUCGUUGACUGUACUCUUAUCUUAUGUUUAGGGGGUAGGAAUGGUUUUUAACACAUUUUAAACAGUGUUUCUCAAACCAGAUGGCUAACCAGUAGGCGUAGAAUCACCUGCGUGCUCAGCUGCAACAUACAUUUGGGGGCACCUGCAAAUUUAACAAUCCAUCAGGCGAUUCUCCUCAACAGUCACAUUUGAGACUCACUGGGUUAAACUGUGGAGAAGGGUCCAGAUUUUAAAGGUGCUCUAAGAUUGCCCUCUACUGAUACUGUCUGUCUUUCUACUAUUUCCUCCGCCCCACCCCCCGCCCCCCAGAUUAAACCUAGAAUUACAGAUCCCUGUGAACACACUCCUGAGAUUUGGUCACUCUCUUGUGUUUGGGGUGGGUUGCCUAGGGAAGCAAGUCAGAUGGCCGUCGAUAGUUCUCACAUAGUUUUUGCUCAUCACUAGUGCAGAUCACCUGUUUACACGUGACUUCCCUCGGAGGCCCUUCUGGGCUUAGAUGGUGAGAAAGACUAGAUCAGUAGAGUUGGAAAAGCUUUAUAACCAGUGUCAUAUGCUUGCUAUUUAAAGGUAUGUGUUGGGUUGGGGUUUUUUGUUUGGUUUUUUUUUGCCACAUUCACUUUAGUUUUUUAAUAAAUAUUUUCCAAAAAUGAC